AUGGGUGAAAUAGUUCCUAAUUAACUUUUUGUAGCAGGAUAUAGUCGUAGUAAAGUAUCUGAUGAUAAAGCUGUAAAAGAUAUCUUCAAAAAAUAUGGAGUAAUAAAAGAUGUGGCAUAUAAAGGAUCUUACUCAUUUGUAGUAUGAUGUUAUUUUGAUAAUUAAGACUUUUAGUAGUGAAUAAGAGGCAUAAGAAGCAUUAAAAGCAACAAAUGGAUUAACUUAUAAUGGUUAGAAAUUGAAAGUGGAUAUUGUAGAAAACAAAAAAGGAAGAAAGAAUGGACCAAAUGAAGAAGAUAAAUGUUUUAAAUGCAAUAAAGGUGGUCAUUGGUAUGAAAAUAUUGUUAUUUUUUAAAGGGCUCGUAAUUGUCCAAAUGAAAGAUCACCAAGAAGACAUAGUAGAAGAAGAUCAAAUUCACGAUCUAAGUAUUUAAAAUUAUUAAAGUGUUAGAAAAAAUCAUAGAAGAUCUGAUUCUAGAUCUUAUUCUUCUUCACAUUCAUCAUCUAGACGAAGACGAUAUCAAAAUAGAAGAAAGAGACAUAGCAGAAGUCCAAGAAAAGAAGCAAGAUAAAAAAAAAGAAGUAUUAGUCCAAAAAGAUCACCCUCUGAUUCAGGAUCAUCUAAAAGACAGAAUUCAAUAUCUUGAUAAAAAAAAAGGGAAAACAUUUUUAUUACAAAAG